GACGGUGCGCAGUUCGCAAAAUGGCGUUGUGUUCACAAAAUUUCCGCCACUACUCCAUCGCACAUGGCACUUGUCGAAAUUGCUGAAGUUCUCGCACGCUACGCUUCUAUCUGCCAGCAAAACGGUCUUGUCCCUAUCGUUGAGCCGGAAAUCCUCCCUGAUGGCGAACACGACAUUCAAAGAUGUCAAAAAAUCACCGAAACCGUCUUGUCGUACUGCUACAGGGCUCUCAAUGACCAUCACGUCUAUUUGGAGGGAACACUUCUCAAACCAAAUAUGGUCACCGCAGGACAGGGGUUCAAGGGGAAGAAGCCAACACCCGAUGAGGUUGGACAAGCUACAGUCACUGCGUUGCAGAGAUCUGUACCGGCUGCAGUUCCUGGAGUUGUAUUCCUCUCAGGAGGACAAUCUGAGGAAGAAGCCACUCUCAAUUUGAAUGCUAUGAAUAAAGUGGGCUUUUUGAAUGAAUCGCUUACAGAAGUGCAAGGAAAGAGACCAUGGGUUUUAACUUUCUCAUAUGGUCGAGCUUUGCAAGCUUCAACUCUGGCUAAAUGGGCAGGAAAAGAUGAAAACAUCAAAGCUGCACAAGCUGUUCUAUUACAAAGAGCCCAAGCGAAUUCGCUGGCGUCGGUUGGAAAGUACACCGGCAAUCCAAAUGCGGACGCGGCAGCAUCCAAAUCGCUUUUCGUGGCAAAUCACGCUUACUGA